AUGGAGUCGAACCAGAAGCUCGGUUCCAAGAGGCCUUUCGCAGACGCGUUCGACGCAGUAGACGACACCAUGUUCUCCUUCGGCCAGACCGGAGACCUUUUUGAUCGGGGGCUCGACCAAUUAAUGACGUACAUGGGCGAAAUGGGAGGUAUUGCCGAGAAGGAUAACAAAUUGCUCCCUAACGCGGACAGGCUUCUGCCUGAUGAUGGUCCCGAGGAGUCCGUCGGGGAGGGAGGCAGCCAUGACAAUUUCGGCUUGUUCGACUCGAACCCGUUCGGUGCGAUGAAACCCGCUGCGGCGUUGUUUCCGGAAGGUUCGUGCGAGCCGCAGCUGGUCCCGUGCGCUCCGAAGCCGGCGGCGACGACGACGACGACGAACGACGUCGCAGGCUCGGUCGCAGACGGAGCGCUCGGAUCGCCUGACGCGUUCAGCUCGCCGGACGGUUUCGCGUCGGAGGAUUUCAAACUGCCCUUCGGGAUGGAUGACGUGGAUGCGUUAAAUCAGCAGGACCUUCGUUACAAUCUCAUGCUCAGAGGAGCGGGCCUUGCAGAACAUUCUACCGCGGAUGCUCCGUCGCAUCCCAAAAUGGAGUACCCGGAAUAUCCAGCGCAUCACCCAAUGAACCACCCGAUCUAUCCGCCGCACAUGCCGCUCUACUACCCGGGAAUGCCCACCAUGCCGGUUCCCUACUACGGCAUGCCGUACCCUCCAUUCGCGUAUAACCCGUGGAUGGCUCCUUAUUCUUCGCCUUACAUGCCUCCCCAACAUGCGAUGCCUGGAACCAGCGCUAUUGCCUCCGACCCUGCUGCUAUCGCGCGUCAGCGUCGCCUGGUCGCGGAUUCCGUGCGCGGAAAGCGACGACGACACGCGCUCAACGCGUCCUCGCAGUUCCCUUCCCCCGCAUCUUCCGCCGCACCUUCCGCGAUGCCUUCCGCGUCCCUCUACGGCCACCCUGUCCCAUCCUCACCGUCCAUGCUCCCCUGGGCUCACGUCAAUCCCGAGGCUGCUGACUCGGCGAACACCUCUCCCUCUUCGCCGUUCGUUCCCGCCGCUCCUCUCCCGCCGUUCUCCCCCGCCGUCGUCCCGUCGACUCCGAAAGCCGUCGCGUCUCCCGCACGGUGCGCCUCGCCUGUCCCUUCAUCCUCCCUUGCUGCGGUGGUGAAAACCGGCGCCGGGAAGGCUGCGGCUAAGAGUCCGCUGGGCAGAGUUGCUCCCCCCCCUGCUGCUGCUGCUGCUGCUGGCAAAUCUCCUGCCGUGAAGUUUUCAGCUGACGCGGAGGUCGCCGCUGCUCCCGCCGCUGCCAUGAAGGUUUCGCCGGUCCUGAAGAUUGAAGAGGACGUGUUUGUUCCUACCGCUACCGCUACCGUUAUCCCCGCUGUUGCCGCUCCUGCGGCUGGGCCGCAAGCUAAGGGAGGGAAGGCCGCGGCGAAGCAGCAGCGGGACGAGCGGCGUGUGAAGCGGCUGCUGCGGAACCGCGUGAGCGCGCAGCAGGCGCGGGAGCGGAAGAAGAACUACGUUGCGGAGCUGGAGCAGCGGUGCGAGACGGUUGAGAGGAGUAACGCGGAGAUUGAAGGGGAGAUUGCAGCUCUUAUGGCGGAGAACGAGCGGCUGAGGCAGUCCAUGCGGAGGGCUAUAAGGGAGACUGGUGUCUGA